AUGCUUGGCACCACAUAUGAUCUUAGCGUUGGUGGUCUCUGGUUGGAUGAUUUGAUCAGAUCUCGCUUCCGUCAAAUGUUCCAGCAAACAUAUGGUAUUGAUGCGGCAGAAUCGCCGCGAGCCUGGCUUCGUCUCCUUGAUGAAUGUGAAAAAUUAAAGAAGCAGAUGUCAGCAAAUCAAACGCCUAUACCUCUUAACAUUGAGUGUUUCCUUCAUGAGAAAGAUGUGUCGGGCAAAAUGCAAAGGUCUGAAUUUGAGGAGCUGGCCGCACCACAGUUUGAGAAGAUCCGUCAGCUGCUUGUGAACUUGCUUCAAGAGACUGGCGUGAAGAGAGAGGAUGUUGACGAGAUCGAAAUGGUUGGUGGUUCAUCACGUAUUCCUAUGAUUCGCCGUAUUGUACAGGAUGUGUUUAACAAGGAUCCCAAGACCACUAUGAAUCUCGAUGAGGCUGUUGCAAGAGGUGCGGCAAUGCAGUGUGCUAUCCUCUCACCAGCAUUCCGUGUUCGUGAGUUCUCAGUCAAAGAUUGCCAGCCGUAUCGUGUAAAGAUCACUUGGUCUGGUGGUGCAUCAGAAAGCGGUGAGUCGGAUGUAUUUCUGGAGCGAGAUGAGUUCCCAUUCUCGAAGAUGGUCUCCUUAUAUCGAUCGGAUGCAUUCCAAGUCGACGCUCGAUAUGCGCCUUCUCAACACGUAUUCCCUCAUACCAACAAGUGCCGUUCAUGGCGCAUUACUGGAGUGACUCCCAAUGCUGAAGGCCAGGCUCGUAAAGUCAAGAUAAAGGUUCGAAUCAAUCCAAAUGGUAUUUUCACAAUCUGUUCGGCGACCAUGUAUGACACGCAAAUCGUUGAGGACGCUCCUGCACAACAGGAACAACCGAUGGAGCAAGAUGGAGAGACUCAGCCACCUCCUGCAGAACAACCUGCUCCGGGUACUGCCCCAGCAGAUCCCAAUGCACCGCCGGCGAAACCUGAAGGGCCUCCAAAACCGAAAACGAAGACCGUUUCCACCGAGCUCGUGGUCGAAGAGCGAUUGCCAGUGGCUUACGAUGUUCAGAAAUUUACAGACAUUGAGCUAGCCAUGCAAGCAGCGGAUCUUCAAGAGAAGCAGAAAGCGGACGCUAAGAAUGCUGUAGAAGAAUACGUGUACGAAAUGCGCGACAAAUUAUCGGAUGCUCUGGCCGAGUUUGUUACUGAAGCGGAUGCCGAAGCCUUCCGAGCCCUUCUAACUAACACCGAAGAUUGGCUGUAUGACGAGGGAGAGGACGCCGAAAAACCGGUUUAUGAGCAGCGCCUUGGUGAACUGAAGAAGUAUGGAGACCCAAUUGUUGAGCGCUAUAGAGAGGCCGAAGCGAGAAAGCCAGCGUUUGAUGCCUUCGACACUGCUAUAAUUCGUGCUCGUAAAGCUUACGAAGACUAUGUAGCUGGUGGAGAAGCUCACGCUCAUAUUGAUAGCGCUGAUAUGGAGAAGGUGAUAAACGCCAUCGAGGAGAAGAAGCGUUGGUUGGAUGAAGCUCGCCAUAAGCAGGAACGUAGGCCGAAAACUGAACCUCCUGUAGUUUUUGCUUACGAAGUGGCUCAGAAACAACAGGCUUUCGAAGCAGUUGUGCUACCGAUUUUAAACAAGAAGAAGCCAGCACCACCUCCAAAGAAGAAAGAAUCAAAGACGGCUGAGCCACCUAUGAAUGGUAAUCCGGCUGGCGAUAAUCCAGGAACAGUUCCACCGCAACCAGGAGAAAUGGAAGUCGACUAG